AUGGUCGUACCUAACCAAGAGCUCCCUGUGCUCGAGGCACUCAUCAAGUGAGUUCAUACCCAACUCCAACGUUGAAAGCACCUUCGACCGGGUCCGGAAGGCUCGGUGUAUGCAGUACAGUCGAGCUCGUUUCGGCCGUUCAUUCGUCGCACGGGCCGGCGCCCCAGAGCCCAGCUCGACGACAGCGGCAGCCAAGGUCAUCUUCUCGGGUGUUCCUACCUCACAAGCUCGAGUCUCAGAACAGUCGACGGGCCUUGGCGUACAGCACAUAAUUCUAGUGGUGCGGGGCCAAUGGAACCUGACUUGGGACGACGGAAUGGCGCGGUCAAUGAUGACCAAGUCAGAUCGGGGCUCUUGGACUCCGUGAGGGCGAGACCGGCUGGCGGUGUGUGCUGACAAGGAACAUUGACUCGCAACGGCAACGACAACGAUCCUUCUCCCACGCCGCCGCAGUCCACCUGAUGUCUGUACAUCCUGGCUCUGCGCGCGAGCCCCGGUGCUGACCGACAACACUUCUCAUACCUUCCAUAGCAUCCGCAACCGACUGACCGCGCUCAAAAAGGACCGCACCGAAUAUAUCCGCGCCAAGGAUGUGCUCGACAUCUACAGUUCACUCAGUGCGUACUCGCCAAGCUCAUCGCUCAGGCCGUUGUGUUUGCAAUGGGCCCAAACAUCGUCACGCUCGACGGCGUGACUCGGCGCGCCGGGGCUAAUUUUGGCUUCGAAUCCCAACUCCGCUCGCAGUGACCCAAGUCAACAACCUCAACGACAUCCGAGCACCACCGUCCAAAGCCAGUACUUCGGAAGGAGAGGCUUCGACAUCUUCGUCCGCCGAGGAACCGACACCUGCAGAGUGGACGCAGGAGAACAGGGUCGAGUCAGUCCUUCUGUCGUCGCUUCUCACGUCGCUCGACUCCGAGUAAUCUGGCUAGCUAAUCACAGGGGCUUGUCUUGAUUUGAAUCUCUACUUCUACACGUGUACACAGCACAACCCUCAACGAUGUCUUUCAGGUAGGUUUUCAAAGCCACAUCGCGUAUCAAAGGGCACAGCUGACCCAUUCAAUGAUGACCACAGCUCUUGUCCUUGUUCUUCCUCACCAUCGGCAAAUCCCGCGAGUCACCGGCGACGUACAGUCAAUUGGCGACCAUGAAGCGAUUGCUUUCACAUCGUAAGGCCAUUAAUAAUCAUGUCGGACGUGCUCAAUCUUGGGCGUUGACCAUGAACUAUACUUGCUCUGCCCACAGUGACCGAGAGUGGCGUCUUUACUGAAGCCGAUCUCAAGCCGUUCCAGAAGCGUUUGCUCGAGCUCAAAGAGAUCAUUGUCACGGGCUGUGACUCGGACGCAUCACCGGAGGAAGGGAAGCGUGAAGAGGGGCUCACACGGUUGUUGAUGAACAAGUGGAAUGAUUGCGGUAAGUCGAGCAUACUUCACACCUAGCCAAUGCUGUCAGUCGAUGUGCCGGAAAACUCAUGCCUCUUUCCACAUCACCUCCCAACAACACAGAUCGAAUGCUUCAGUCUCUCGUUGCUUCCUUGUCUCAACUAUCCCCAGAACUCGCACCCGUACAUCAACGACUCAUCACACUACGACGCUUGCUCGCUUCCAUCGCCGCCCGGCCUCGACCGACUGCCGGCGACGUCGCCAACAUCCUGACCGAACUGAGAGCGAUCGAGGACAAGCGUGUGAACGGCAAAUUCAUCGUCGAACGGUUAGCUUCGGAUGGGGAGACGAUCGAGACGUACGAGCCGCCCAAGGGGCAGCAGCUCGUCGCGGGUCUGUUGGAGGACAACUUCGACAUCUGCCAGGACAUUGCCGCGAGCGAAGGCAGCGAGGACGUGGCGAGGGGGCCAUUGCAACCCAUAUACGAUCGACUGAGCGAGAUGAGGGCGCAGCUCGAGCGGUUGGUGUUGACGCAUCGCUGGACGCUGAGGGAGACGGACCUGUACAGCUACCAGAUCGCAUUGCAAGACGUCGACCGCAUGCGCGGCAAGGACGGCAAGUUCCACGACUCGGAAGGCAACAUCCCCCGAGGGCAGAUCGCGAUCCUUUUCAUCCUACGACGUUGCUAUGGGUUGUUGUACCGACUCGUGUCUUCGUCGGAACCGAUCUCUGAGGAGUUGAUGCCGAUCGCGAACAAGCUCGAAACCGUUAAGCGAUGUCUGCUCGAACUGAUGAAGUACCCUGGCCCGUAUUCCGCCCGCGACCUGUACCCUUUCCAAAUGAGUCUCGCCCAGGUCGAAGGGCUCAAAUCCGAUGGUCAGUUUAAAAACCGGGAUGGUGAAUGCGUCGAUGGUCAAGCUGCCCUCUUCGCGCUCGAACACGAAUGCCACGAGUUGAUUUCGAUCCUCCGGACCAUGGACGAAGAGUAG